CGGCGCUCAUGGGGAUGCAAGGAUGUAGAGGAGCAAAGGGGGAGAAGAGGCCCCGUGAGGAGAGGUGGUGUGAGACCCGCGGAGGCGCCGGCCAAGGAAGGGCGCAUGGAGAAGCGGGCGGCGCGACCCGCCGGGUGCUGGCCAUUCAGGCCCGAAAGCGGAGGCCGAAAAGAGAGAAACAUCCGAAAAAAAAUCAAGCAGAAGAUUGAGCUGCUGAUGUCAGUUAACUCUGAGAAGUCGUCCUCUUCAGAAAGGCCGGAGCCUCAGCAGAAAGCUCCCUUGGUUCCUCCACCCCCGCCCCCUCCACCACCGCCGCCUCUGGCAGACCCUGCGCCCCCGGAGCCAGAGGAGGAGAUCCUGGGGUCAGACGAUGAGGAGCAGGAGGACCCCGCAGACUACUGCAAAGGUGGCUAUCAUCCAGUGAAAAUUGGAGACCUCUUCAAUGGCCGGUAUCAUGUUAUUAGGAAGCUAGGAUGGGGACACUUCUCUACUGUCUGGCUGUGCUGGGAUAUGCAGGGAAAAAGAUUUGUUGCAAUGAAAGUUGUAAAAAGUGCCCAGCAUUAUACAGAGACAGCCUUGGAUGAAAUAAAAUUGCUCAAAUGUGUUCGAGAAAGUGAUCCCACUGACCCAAAUAAAGACAUGGUGGUACAGCUAAUCGAUGACUUCAAAAUUUCAGGCAUGAAUGGAAUACAUGUCUGCAUGGUCUUUGAAGUGCUUGGCCACCAUCUCCUCAAGUGGAUCAUAAAAUCCAACUACCAAGGCCUCCCAGUACGUUGUGUGAAGAGCAUUAUUCGACAGGUCCUUCAGGGGUUAGAUUAUCUACACAGUAAGUGCAAGAUCAUUCAUACUGACAUAAAGCCGGAAAACAUCUUGAUGUGCGUGGACGAUGCAUAUGUGAGAAGGAUGGCAGCCGAGGCCACCGAGUGGCAGAAAGCGGGCGCUCCUCCUCCUUCGGGGUCUGCAGUGAGUACUGCUCCACAGCAAAAACCUAUAGGAAAAAUAUCUAAAAACAAAAAGAAAAAACUGAAAAAGAAGCAGAAAAGGCAGGCUGAGUUAUUGGAAAAGCGCCUGCAGGAAAUAGAAGAAUUGGAGCGAGAAGCUGAAAGGAAAAUAAUAGAAGAAAACGUCACAUCAGCUGUACCUUCCAAUGAGCAAGAUGAUGAAUACCACCCAGAGGUGAAACUAAAAACAGCAGGAUUAGAGGAGGCAGCCGAGGGUGAGACUGCGAAUAACAAUGGCGAAGCUGAGGACCAGGAGGAGAAAGAAGACACUGAGAAAGAAAACACCGAGAAAGACGAAGACGAUGUUGAGCAGGAACUCGCGAAUGUAGACCCUACUUGGAUGGAAUCACCCAAAACCAAUGGCCAUAUUGAGAAUGGCCCAUUCUUACUGGAACAGCAGCUGGACGAUGAAGACGAUGAUGAGGAAGAUUGCCCAAAUCCCGAGGAAUAUAACCUCGAUGAGCCAAAUGCAGAAAGCGAUUACACAUAUAGCAGCUCCUACGAACAAUUCAAUGGUGAAUUGCCAAAUGGACGACAUAAAAUUCCUGAGUCCCAGUUUCCAGAGUUUUCCACAUCGUUGUUCUCUGGGCCCUUAGAACCUGUGGCUUGUGGCUCUGCACUUUCUGAGGGAUCCCCGCUUACCGAGCAUGAGGAAAGCAGUCCAUCCCAUGACAGAAGCAGGACGGUUUCAGCCUCCAGCACUGGGGAUUUGCCAAAAACAAAAACCCGGGCAGCCGACCUGUUGGUGAAUCCCCUGGACCCACGGAAUGCAGAUAAAAUUAGAGUUAAAAUUGCCGACCUGGGAAACGCUUGUUGGGUGCAUAAACACUUCACAGAAGACAUCCAGACGCGUCAGUAUAGAUCCAUAGAGGUUUUAAUAGGAGCAGGUUACAGUACCCCUGCUGACAUUUGGAGUACGGCGUGUAUGGCAUUUGAGCUGGCAACGGGAGAUUAUUUGUUUGAACCGCAUUCUGGGGAAGACUAUUCCAGAGACGAAGACCACAUAGCCCACAUCAUAGAGCUGCUAGGCAGUAUCCCAAGGCACUUUGCUCUGUCUGGAAAAUAUUCUCGGGAAUUCUUCAAUCGCAGAGAUCACAUAGCAUUGAUCAUUGAACUGCUGGGGAAAGUCCCUCGAAAAUACGCUAUGUUGGGGAAAUAUUCCAAGGAGUUUUUCACCAGAAAAGGAGAGCUGCGGCACAUCACCAAGCUGAAGCCCUGGAGCCUCUUUGAUGUACUUGUGGAAAAGUAUGGUUGGCCCCAUGAAGAUGCUGCACAGUUUACAGAUUUCCUGAUCCCAAUGUUAGAAAUGGUUCCAGAAAAACGAGCCUCAGCGGGCGAAUGCCUUCGGCACCCUUGGUUGAAUUCUUAGCAGAUUCUGCACACACACAUUCUGAGCUGGCACAUGUUGUCCAGUGCAUUGGCCCUAAAGGGGGACUCUCGUUCUUAACAGGAUUACAAGUGAGCUGGCUUCAUCCUCAGACCUUUUAUUUUGCUUUGAGGUACUGUCGUUUGACAUUUUGCUUUUUUUGUGCACUGUGAUCCUGGGGAAGGGCAGUCUUUUGUCUUCAGCUUAGUAGUUACUGACACACUUUACUUCUGGAAACAAUAACAUGUCUCUAAGCAUUGUUUCUUGUGUUGUGUGACAUUCAAAUGUCAAUUUUUUUUGAACGAAAAAUACUUUCCUCCUUGUGUUUUGGCAGGUUUUGUAACUAUUUAUGAAGAAGUAUUUUAGCUGAGUACUAUAUAAUUUACAAUCUUAAGAAAUUAUCAAGUUGGAACCAAGAAAUAGCAAGGAAAUGUACAAUUUGAUCUUCUGGCAAAGGGACAUCAUUCCUGUAUUAUAGUGUAUGUAAAUGCACCCUGUAAAUGUUAAUUUCCAUUAAAUAUGGGAUGGGGACUCAAAUUUCAGAAAAGCUACCCAGUCUUGAGUGCUUUGUAGCCUAAGUUGCAUGUAAUGGACUUUACUCCAAGGAGUUGUGCAAACUUUUCAUUCCGUGACAGUCCUUUUGCAUUGGAUUUUAAACAACUGGCUCUGGGUUAUAUCAUUCCCUAUAUGGCACUUUAUACAAAGAAAAGACAUGCUUCUCAUUCUAAACUACGUAUUAUAGUUUAGCACUCCCAUUCAUAUUUUUGCAUAUUUUAAAUUAAAGGUACUUUUAAGGAAAAAGAGCAAUUUCCCUUUAAAAAUGUGGUAGCCUGGUACCAUGUGGCGUUGCCUCCUCCAAGCCCUGUAAGUUAAACUCUACAUAGAUUAAAUUGGACAAGAGAAACAUGUUCAGUGUGUGGAGUGAAAAAAUAUAUUUUUUUGGAAAAGCUUGCUCGUGUUUGUCUAGAACCAAGGUAUGAUAUGUACAACUUGCAGUGCAGUGGGCAGAAUACUAACAUCUCAGAGGUAACAGGGAUUGCAUUCAUUCCAGGGACAGUUUCGUGUGUGGCUACAACACAUUUUACUAGCUUUUUCAUUGUCUUUCCAUGCGCUGAAGUUGAGAAAAUGAUUUUUUCCCUUUGCAGAUUGCACACAAUUUUGUUUAUGCAUUUCCUUAAAACUGUAGAAUCCAGAACACAAACCAUAGUAGGCAAUACAAUUUUAGAAUGUAAUAUAUAGAGGUACAUUUAGCCUCUUUUAGAAAUCAGUGGAUUGAAUUUUUUUGUUCGUUUUACAUUCCUCAAGGUGCCUCGUUUUUCUUGACUUUGUCCAUUAACAUUUAUCCAUAUGCCUUUGCAAUAACUAGAUUGUGAAAAGUUAACAAGUGUUGUAACAAUAAUCCGUUGUUUGAGGUGCUUGCAGUUGUCUUAAAAAUUAAAGUGUUUUGGGUUUCUUUUCCAGA